CUUCAAGCCCCCAGCUUCUAGUCUCUCAAGCCAUCAUCAAUACUCAAUUAUCUACUUUUUCAAUAUCUCAAGACUUUCAAGUCGAAAGAGAAAGAAACAAAAAAAUGGCCCUCUCAACCGAAGUCAACAUCACCGUCAACCCCCCCUACCACCUUCGCGACGGCGCCACACCUUCCCACUUUACCUCUUCCAACUUACCCUGGAUCACCGGCACAUGGCACACCACGCACUCGACCAACCCCGAAGAGCAAUCAGGCAAGCGCAAUGCGCGCAUCUGCCUCAGCCUGAUCCGGGGCACCAACUCCGUCUCUUCGGAUUCUGAGGGUUCCGACUCGGAUAUGGAGCCCGACAAGGACCGGAUCCUCGCCGUCCGCUCGUACCAGAACCUGCACUCGUCGGCGAUCCAAGACGUCGGGCAAACCGAUCUCUUCCUCGACGAGCUGGACCAGGGGUUCACGCAGGUGAACGGGCCCAUUAUGCGCCAGCGGUGGGAGAUCAUUGCGUGGGGAAAGGAGGGACAGCUGGAGGAGUGGAUGAAUGAUGACGGGUCGGGCUGGAUUGUGGACAACUCGGGGGAGGCCAGGCCGGAUUGGAGGAAUAGUUAUGUGGUGGUGUAUAUCGGAAAUGACCUUGGCAAGUUGAGGAAUGUGGGCGAGGGCACGAUUGAGAUUUGGGAUCGGUUUGGGCCGAGUGGACCCCUCAGGGAGGAGACGGUGGAGAAGAUUAGGGAGGCUUUGCAAGCGUUGGGAGGGAAGGAUGAGCGGUUCGCAAAGUUGGCAUCAAGGUUGCAGAGGAUGAGGAUGGAUGAGGGGAGGAAGAGUGAGGAUGAUGCGAGGAUAAGGGCGUAUUAAGCAGGUGGUAUGACUUGGGUAUAGGCUCUAGUUUGGGUUGAGACUUGAGGGAGCAAGCGAGGUGGGUUGACAAAGACAAAAAGCGC